AUGCCCAUGCUACCGCAAGUCGUCAAAAUGAGUGAGUUGCUUGUUAGCCAUUCAAGAUCGGGUUUCAAAUUUGCGGGAAAUAUUCAUGAGCCAUACAAUUUGGAAGUGUUUACUUCCAGGGCUCAAACAAGUGGCUCACUUUCCACAACCUUAAGCAUACAAUAGUGUAAAUUGUAGAUAUCAACGAUCCGGCGCCAGGACACAUGCCUGAGGACCAGUUGAAGAGCUACAAGGAGAACCAUCCGGUUAAUUCCGCACUUAUUCACCCAAAAACCAUUCAAUUCUCUCUAGGAGCCCCACGUGCUCACCACUUCGCAUGGCGCGCCGAUCUACUCGAAAACGGCGGUGCUCACCGCUGGACGUCGUGGUCCGAUGCUCAUGCAAGACGUCGUUUUCAUGGAUGAAAUGGCGCACUUUGACCGGGAACGCAUUCCGGAACGAGUUGUGCACGCGAAGGGAGCCGGUGCUCAUGGAUACUUCGAGGUGACCCAUGACAUUACCAAGUACUGCAAGGCGGACCUGUUCAACAAGAUCGGCAAGCAGACGCCUCUCUUCGUUCGCUUCUCGACUGUCGGCGGGGAGAAUGGAUCGGCGGAUACGGUCCGUGAUCCGCGUGGAUUCGCCGUCAAGUUCUACACGGAGGAGGGCAACUGGGACCUCGUCGGCAACAACACUCCCAUCUUUUUCAUCCGCGAUCCCAUCCACUUCCCCAACUUUAUUCACACCCAGAAGCGCAACCCACGAACCCAUCUGAAGGACCUCAAUGCUGCAUUUGACUUUUACACCCACCGCCCCGAAACCAUCCAUCAGGUGAUGUUCUUGUACUCGGAUCGCGGAAUUCCCGACGGUUUCCGACACAUGCAAGGCUUCGGAAGUCACACGUUCAAAAUGGUGAACAAGGACGGGAAGCCGGUGUACUGCAAGUUUCAUUGGAAGGUGAGCACACUUUAGGGAUUCAAGGACUCACAAGUUCAUUUCCAGACCUGCCAAGGCGUCAAGAACCUGAGUUUGGCCGAAGCCGGUCGCCUGGCCUCUGAAGAUCCGGACUACUCGCUCCGUGACCUGUUCACUGCGAUCCAGAAGAAAGACUUUCCGGAAUGGAAGCUCUUCAUUCAGGUGAUGACGUUCGAGCAGGCCGAGAAGUGGGAGUUCAAUCCGUUCGAUAUUACCAAAACGUGGUCCCAGAAAGAUUACCCGCUGAUCGAGGUCGGAAAGAUGGUGCUGAACCGCAAUCCGCAGAAUUAUUUCGCUGAGGUAAGUAUCUCACAAUCAGCGGUGGGUUAAGAUAUCAAAAAGUGGUCAACUACGGGAUCAACUAUUAUAAACUUCCAGGUCGAACAAGUGGCGUUCGCUCCGUCGCACGUGGUCCCGGGAAUCGAGUUCUCUCCGGAUAAGCUCCUCCAAGGCCGCAUCUUCUCCUACACAGACACUCAGUUCCACCGCCUCGGCCCCAAUUUCGUCCAGCUUCCCAGCAACUGUCCAUACCGUUCGCGUGCCCACAACACCCAGCGCGACGGUCCCAUGACGAUGAACAGCCAGGACGACUCGCCCAACUACUUCCCCAACAGUUUCCACGGCUAUCGGACCCGUGCGGACGUGAAGGACUCGGUGUUCCCGACACUCGGCGACGUCGAUCGCUACGAGACGGACGACGAUCACAACUUCGAGCAGCCGCGUCUCUUCUGGGAGAACGUGCUCAACGAGCAACAGCGGGACCACUUGGCCACCAAUCUCGGAAACGAUCUGGCAAAGUGCUACGAGCCGACUCAGGAGGCGAUGGUCAAGAUCUUGACGAGCGUCCAUCCCGACUUUGGCGCUUUCGUCAAACAUUUGUUGUGCGAGAAGAAACAUAAAUGA